GGUUUGCGUCUAGAGCUGAGGGAUUUCGUGUUCCGGAGCGGUGCUUUGGUUUGUCCCAUUGCGGCCAUGUCGUUCUGCAGCUUCUUUGGGGGCGAGGUUUUCCAGAAUCACUUCGAGCCAGGCGUCUAUGUGUGCGCCAAGUGUGGCUAUGAGCUGUUCUCCAGCCGCUCCAAGUAUGCACACUCCUCCCCAUGGCCAGCGUUCACUGAAACCGUCUAUGCAGACAGUGUGACCAAGUGCCCUGAGAAGAACCGACCCGAAGCUUUAAAGGUGUCCUGUGGUAAGUGUGGCAAUGGGUUGGGCCACGAGUUCCUGAAUGAUGGCCCCAAGCGAGGACAAUCCCGAUUCUGAAUAUUUAGCAGCUCGUUGAAGUUCAUCCCUAAAGGCGGAGAAACUCCUGCUCCCCAGGGGCACAAGCCUAUGCAGCAGAUGGAAUAACACUGGGGCUUCCCUGGCCACCUACUCCAACCUUGGUCACCGCAUGAUCUGCUCUGGUUAAAUCCUAAGUCAGCCAGGGUCGUGAUGACCUGUGACCUUCAGGGAGGGGAGUGGACCAAGGCUGAUGUCAUGGACUCUUGGACCCUUGUCUUCUGGCAGAGAAAGCAGAACUCUGUUUCACAAUCCGGAUCCAUCUUGCCUCACUCUGACUUGGGAAAAUGGCUGUUGACCCGUUACCUGACCAGUGUAGCAGGGGCCUUGAUCUCAUCGCUCCCUCCAGUUCAUACCUGCAGGGGUGUCCCUUCCUGAGAUAAAGCCACUGUACCUUGCUGUAUGUGCUUGGGAGCUCUUGACAUCUGGGAGCAUGGGUGAUGCUGAAACUCACCCCAUCUUGAAUCCUUUCUGGAGUAAUCAAUUGGAAAUCAAUAAACAUGAAG